ACUCUGCAUAUCGUCUAUAUAAGGUGGCUUUAUUUCAGGUUGAGGCACAUGCAAUUCUGUGCAUAUUACCGAAGACAUAGACAUGCUCAAUAUUGCGGCCGUGCUGGUCCUGUGCUGUUUUACAGUCACUCAAGGUUUUCGAUGGCCACCACCGUGCAAAAAGCCACCCUGUAAGCAUGGGUACGGUUAUGGAGGCGGCGGCAUGGGCGGUGGUGGCGGCGGCUGGGGCGGUGGUGGCGGCGGCUGGGGCGGUGGUGGCGGCGGCUGGGGCGGUGGUGGCGGCGGCGACUGGGGCGGUGGUAUUGGCGGAGGCAUCGGCGGUGGUAUUGGCGGAGGCAUCGGCGGAGGUGGGAUAUAUGGUGGGAUGGACGGCGGAAUUUAUGGCGGUGGGGCUGGCGGCGGAUAUGAUUAUGGGAUGAGCGGCGGGUAUGGCGGUGGGUCAGGUGGCGGAUAUGGCGGUGGGUUAGGCGGAUAUGGCGGUAUUGGAGGCGAUUACGAUGAUAUGGAUGGAGGAGGAUAUUCCGGGGGUGGUAUUAUGGGUGGGUCUGGCGGCGGAUGGCCUGGGUCUGGCGGCGGAUGGCCUGGAUCGAGCGGCAUAUGGCCCCGUCCCAGGACGUGUGAGUGUCGUAGAUGGUGCUUCCCCAAUGAGCAACGAGUUGGCCGCUGUCAGAAAGGGAACUGCAAGAAGUGCGUGCUGUGCUGCAAGAACAGAAAAUAUUAAACAAGCUUCGAACUGACAAGGCUAGAUUAUACAGAUGAUGACUGCACGGAUAGAAAACGGCUGUACUAGAUGUGUUAUGUUUGGUCUUCCGUAAAAUGUAAUCGAGCAUUUAAAAAAUAAAUUUACAAUUUUAUUGAAA